UUGAUUGGUCGGUUAGUGAGUCUCACACUCACUUCAUUUCAGUGCACACUUUGCAAUGGCUGAGCCAAGAACUAACAAUAUUACCACAAUGCUGGAGAAUCUCUUGAGAAUUCUCAAAGAAGAACAUGUUUUCAAUCGUUCAGAGGAUCAACGUGUCAUACAAUUUUUGCAUCCCAAAGAAUUACAGGCCAAGAUAUCAUUUUCUUUGGAUAAAGAGCCAGUAAAAGAGGAACAACUCGAGACAUUGAUACGUCAGGUUAUACGAUAUUCUGUAAAAACAAACAGUCUGAAUUUUCAUAAUCAACUCUAUGGUGGCAUCGACGAGUAUGGGCUAAUGGGCUCCUGGUUAACAGAGUCCUUGAAUACUACCCAGGCCACGUAUGAAAUUGCGCCCGUAUUUACUAUGAUAGAACAUGAAGUAAUAAAAAAAUCGUUGGAAUUGGUGGGCUAUCCAUCGAUGCCGCAUGCCGAUGGCAUAAUGUGUCCAGGUGGUAGUAUGGCAAAUAUGUAUGGGCUCAUAAUGGCUAGAUACAAGAUGUUUCCGGAAAUCAAGAAAUUGGGCGCUUCUUGGCUCGACAAACCCUUAACGUGUUUGACUAGUCAAGAUAGUCAUUAUUCAAUCUUGAAAGCUGCUCAUUGGCUAGGUAUAGGCACUGAUAAUGUUUAUAAGGUAAAGACGGACAAGUAUGGUUGCAUGCAAGCGGAUAAUCUAAAGGAAGUUAUAAUGCAGAUAAAGAAUAAAGGACAUGUACCGUUCUUUGUGAACGCCACUGCUGGUACUACGGUGCUCGGAGCUAUUGAUCCAUUGCAGGAAAUCGCCGAGAUUUGUCGCAGAGAGAACAUCUGGUUACAUGUAGAUGCUUGCCUCGGUGGUACUUUGCUGUUUUCGGAGAAAUAUCGAAGCCGACUACGUGGCAUCGAAUUAUCGAACUCGGUUGCCUGGAAUUGUCAUAAGAUGCUUGGAGCACCGCUGCAAUGUUCCCUGUUUUUGGUCAAAGGCGAAAAAGCAUUGUAUAAAGCGAAUUGUUCCAAUGCGGAUUAUCUUUUCCAACAAGAUAAAUUUUAUGACGUCAGCUGGGACACAGGUGAUAAGAGUGUGCAAUGCGGCAGAAAGGUCGAUGCAAUGAAGUUUUGGUUAAUGUGGAAAGCUCGCGGCACGAUAGGCCUUGGAUCAUUAGUAGAUAAUGCAAUGCGCUGUGUGGAAUAUUUCUUGAAACGGAUUCGAGAAACUCCUGGCUUCCGAUUGGUGCAGUCUGAUUAUCAGUUGUGCACUAUUUGCUUUUGGUAUAUACCACCAAAAAUGCGUGAUCAGCCAGAAACUUUAAAUUGGUGGAAACAGCUAUACAAUAUAACAAUUGAGAUAAAAAAAUAUCUGACUUUGCGCGGAUCAGUCAUGAUCAAUUAUACACCUUUAUUGCAUAAGGAGUGCGGCAACUUCCUUCGCAUGGUCGUCACCUGUCAACCACCGCCCACGGAAUCGUCCAUGGAUUAUGUUAUUAAAGAAAUUGAAAAAGUUGCGUUAGAGUUAGAUAAAUCAUUGUCUUAAUCUCUUCUGCUUAUGAAAUUCAUGUACAAGAUAUUAAACUCAUUUUUCCAUCGAGAAUAUAAAAAUAUUUGUAUCAAUUUUUAUUAUCAUUAUUAGUAUAAUUUCUAAAAUUAUUAAAAAGAAUAUUUAUUUAUUGCAAACGAGUGUGCGGAUAAAUGCAUUGCAUACAGUAUUUAAUCGCAUAUACACGUGACCUUGCUAAUGAUACUUCAUCUUAUAUAAGAUAAUAUUAAAUGUCGUUAUGUCAAAAAUCUCUACAUUUCUCGCAUAUUGUCUUAUUCUUCCAUAGCAUUACAUAAUUGUCUCAUAGGAAGUAAUUAACACACGAUAGAAAAACUUUUAAUUUGGUGUCCUGGAAGACAUUUUUCUAAAUUCCAAAUGAGAAAUGUUACUUAUUGCGACAAGCACAGGUAAAUUAUGCUAAUGGUCGCACACGCGACUCAAUAUGAGCCAAUAUAAACGCAAUCGUGGCGCAACAUAUGUGUUCAUCGUGGGUAGCAUCCGAUUGACCAUGUCACCAAUUGGCCAAUUCAAAAUAGAACUUUUGGUUGGUUAAUCGUUCCUAGUUAUCCUAAGGCACAAGUCGAUAUAAUUGGCUGUGGUCAAUCGCAACGUGGUCAAACGGGACGCUCCCGUUCAUCGUUACACAUCUAUUAUACACGCAUAUGAUAUACACAUUUAUUCCAUCGUCAUAAAACUACGUUUAAGAAGAUGCAUUUUUAUAUACAACUCCGUAUCAUGGCACUACAUCGAUAUAAAAUAUUCGAUAGUUCUUCGAAAUAAAACAUAAAAACAUAAAAGAGACGGACUUUCUUUCUUCAAGACGUAUAUAUAUAUAUAUAUAUAUAUAUAUAAAACACAUUUUGUAUUUGUACAACUUCCAAUCAAUCCUUAAUAAAUCAACCGUUUAUCUAUA